AUGGUACUCUCUCCUGUCCGUCUGCAACCUGUGUACUCUCUCACCCCGUCUCGACUGUGUACUCUCGUCCCCCCACCUGUGACUCUCCUCCUCCUGACACCUCUCUCCUCCGUCUGCACCUGUGUACUCUCUCCUCCGUCUGCACCUGUGUACUCUCUCCCGCUCUGCCCCUGUGUAACUCUCUCCCCCGUCCUGCACCUGUGUACUCUCUCCCGCCGUCUACACCUGGUGUACUCUCUCCUCCGUCUGCACCUUGGACACGUCUCUCCUCCAAACACCUCCUCCCCUCUGCACCUGUGUACUCUCUCCUCCGUCUGCCCUGUGUACUCCUCCCCCGUCUGCACCUGUGAACUCUCUCCCGCGCAGUGCUCCUGUGAACUACUCUCCCCCACCUGUGGUACUCUCAUCGCUCCGUCUAGCACUGUGUACUCUCUCACCCAGUCUGGCACCUGUGUACUCUCUCCCCCGUCUGCACUGUGUACUCUCCAUCCCCCGUCUGCACCUGUGUACUCUCUCUCCGUCGCACCUGUGGGAAACUCCUCUCCACCUACAGCCUCUCUCCUCGUACUGCACCUUAGUACUCUCUCCUUGCCGGUCUGCACCUGUGUACACUCUUCGCCCCGUCUUGCGAAACCUGUGUACUCUCUCCCCGUCGAGCACCUGAGUACUCUCUUCCCCCGUCUCGCACCUGUGUACUCUCUCCACCUCCUAUCCUUCCGUCUGCACCGUGAGGUACUCCUCCUCUCCCCCGUCGCACCUGUGUACUCUCUCCCCCUCGCACCUUGUACUCUCUCCCCCCCGUCUGCACACGUGUGGUACUCCUCUCCUUCCGUCAGCACCAGUGUACUCUCUCCUCCUGACAACCUCAUCUCCUCCGUCUGCCACCUGUGUACUCUCCUCCUCCGUCCUGCACCUUUGUACCUCUUCCCCCUCUGCAACCUGUGUAACUCUCUCCUCCCCCAGUCCUGGCAACCUGUGUACUCUCCCCCCGUCUGCACCUGUGUACUCUCUCCUCCGUCUGCAACCUGUGGACGUCUCUACCUCCUGACACCUCCUCCUCCGUCUGCACCUGUGUACUCUCCCUCCUCGCGUGCUGCACCUGUGUUACUCUCUCCCCCGUCGGCACACCUGUGUACACUUCUCCCCUGGUACUCUCUUUCUCUCCUCCGUCUGCACUGUUUAACUCUCUCUCCCCCCGUCUGCCACCUGUGUACUACAUCUUCUCCCCCGUCUGCACCUGUGUACUCUCUCCCCCCGUCGCACCUGUUUACUCCCUCUCCGUCUGCACCUGUGGACUCUCCGUUCCUCCUGACACCCUCUCUCCACCGUCUGCACCCUGUGGACGACUUCUCCGUCCGUCUGCACCUUGUACUCUCUCCGACGCCCCGUCUGCACCUGUGUACGCUCAUCCCCCGUCUGCCCCUGUGUACUCUCUCCCCCUCUGCACCUGGUACACCUCCUCCGACUGCACCUUGGACUCUCUCCUCCCUGACACCCUCUCUCCGUCGUCUGGCACCUGUGUACUCUCUCCUCCGUCUGCACCUUUGUACUCUCUCCCUCCCGUCUGCAACCUGUGUACUCUCUCCCGCCCGUCUGAACCUUUGUACUCUCUCCCCCGUCUGCGCACCUGUGAACUCUCGUCCCUAUCCGUCUGCACCUGUGGACACUCUCCUCCUGAACACCACUCUUCCUCCGUCUGCACACUGUGACGUCUCUCCUUCCGUCAGCACCAGUGUACUCUCUCCCCCGUCUGCACCCGUGUACCUCUCGUCCCCCCGUCUUCACCUGUUGUACAUCUCUCCCCCGUCUGGCACCUGUUACUCUCUCCUCCUACUGCACCUGUGUACUCUCUCCCCCGUCUGCACCAGUGACUCUCUCCCCCGUCUGCACCUGUGUACUCUCUCCCCCGUCUGCACCUGUGGUACCUCGCCUCCGUUCUGCACCUGUGGAACGCACUUCCUCCCUGACACCUCUCUCCUCCGACUGCAUCCGGUGUACUCUCUCCAGCCGGUCUGCACCUGUGUUACUCCUCUCCCGCCGUCUGCCCCUGUGUACUCUCUCCCCCUCAGCACCUGUGUACAUCACUCCCCCUCUGCACCUGUGUACUCUCCUCCUCCUCUGCACCUGUGGACCUCUCUCUCCCUGACACCCUCUCUCCUCUUCCUGACACCUGUGUACUCUCGUCCUCCGUCCUUGCAACCUGUGUACAUCUCUCCCCCGACCUGCACCUGUGUACUCCACCCCCGUCUGCAACCUGUGUACUUCUUCCCCCGUUCGCACCUGUGUGACUCUCUCCUCCGUCAUGCACCUCCUGUGUACUCUCUCCUCCGUCUGCACCUUUGUACUCUCUCCCCCGUCGCACCUGUGGUACUCCUCACCGCCCCGUCUGCACCUGUGUACCUCCUCCCCCGUCUGCACCUGUGUACUCUCUCUCCGGUCAGCACCUGUGGACUCUCUCCAUCCCUGACACCUCUCUCCUCCGUCGCACCAGGUGUAACUUCUCCUCCGUCUGCACCUGUGUACUCUCUCCCCCGUCUGCAAUCCUGGUGGUACUCUCCUCCCCCCGUUCUGCACGCAUGUGUACUCUCGCCCCCUUCUUGCACCAGUAGCUCUCUCCUUCCUUCCGUCUGCACCUUUGGACUCUCACCUCCUGACACCUCCGACUCCAUCCGUCUUGCACCUGUAGUCCUCUCACCUCCUCUGCCCUGUUUACUCUCGUCCCCGUCUUGCACGCUGUGUAAUCUCUCCCCCGUCUUGCACCUGUGUACUCUCCCCCCCCGUCAGCACCGUGUACUCUCUCCUCCGUCUGCACCUGUGGACUCUCUCCACCUGACCACCCUCUCGUCCUCCGUCUGCACUGGUACUCUCUCCUCCGUCCUGCACCUGUGGUACACUCCUCCCCCGUCUGCACCUGUGUACCUCUCCCACCGGCAGGUGCACCUUGACAUCUCCUCCCACCGUCCUGCAACCUUUUGUACCUCUCCUCUCCGUCUGCACCUGUGGACUCUCUCCUCCUGGAACACCCUCAUCUCACCGUCUGCACCGUGUACUCUCCUCCCUCCGUCUGCACCUUGUAACUCUCUCCUGUCCGUCUGCACCUGUGGACUCUCUCCUCCUGACUACCUCUCCUCCUCCGUCUGCACCAUGUGUACUCUCUCCUCCGUCUGCACCUGUUUACUCACCGUCCCUCCGUCUGAAAACCUGUGUACCAUCUCCCCCGACCUGCACCUGUGUACACCUCCCCCGUCUGCACCUGUGCAGCCUGAGUACGUCUCUCCUCCGUCUGCACUUGUACUCACUCCCCCGUCGGCACCUGUGUACUCUCUCCCGGCCGUCUGCAACCAGAGUACUCUCUCCCCCGUCGGCACCGUGUACUCUCCUCCUCCGUACUGCAGCCUGUGGACCUGCUCUCCUCGCUUACACCUCCUCCUCCGUCUGCACCGUUACCUCUCCGCCGUCUGGCACCUGUGUACACAUCUCCUCCGUCUGCUACCUGAGGACUCUCUCCUCCUGACAACCUCUCUCCUCCUCUGCACCUGUGUACUCUGCUCCUCCGUCAGCUCCUGUGUACUCUCUCCCCCCCGUCUGCACCUGUGUACUCUCACCCCCGUCUGCACCUGUUACUCUCCUCACCCCCGUCUGCACCGUGUGUACUCUCUUCCUCCGUCUGCAACCUGUGGGACUCGUCUUCCUCCCUGUACACCUCUCUCCCUCCGUCUGCACCUGUGUACUCUCUCUCCGUCUGCACCUGUGUACUCUCUCCCCCGUCUGCACCUGUGUACUCUCUCCUCCCGUCUUUGCACCCAUUUGUACUCUCUCGCCCCGUCUGCACUGUGUACUCCUCGUCCUCGCGUCUGCACCCUGUGGACUCUCUCCCUCCGACACCUCUCUCCUCCGUCCUGCACCUGUGUAACUCUCUCCUCGCGUCUGCACCUGUGUCCUCUCUGCCCCCGUCUGCACCUAGUGUACUCUCUCCCCGAGCCGUCUUCACCUGUGUACUCUCUCCCCCCCCGUCUGCACCUGUGUACUCACUCCUCCUCAGCAACCUGUGGAGACUCUCUCCCUCCUGACACCUCUCUUCCUCCGACUGCACCCUGUGAUACUCUCUCCUCCGUCUGCACCUGUGUACUCUCUCCCCCGUCUGCACCUGUUGUACUCUCUCCCCCGUCAGCACCUGUGUACUCUCUUCCCCCGUCUGCACCUGUUUACUCUCUCCCCCCCGUCCUGCACCUGUUACUCUCUCCGCCGUCUGCACCUGUUGUACGCACUCCCCCGUCUGCACCUGUGUACUCUCUCCUCCGUCUGCACCUGUGGACUCUCUCCUUCCUGACAUCCUCUCUAAACUCUCCUUUCCUCUGCACCCUGUGUACUCUCUCCCUCCGUCUGCACCUGGUGUUACUCUCUCCCACGUCCUGCACCUGUGUACUCCUCUCCCCCCGUUCCUGCACCUGUGUACUCUCUCCCCCGUCGUGCACCUGUUGUACUCUCUCCUCCACUCCUCCCCUGCACCUGUGGACACCUCUCCUCCUGACACUCUCACCCUCCGUCUGCACCUGUGUUAACUCUCGGAUUCCUCCGUCUCGCACCGUGUACUCUCUCCCACCGUACCAGCACCUUGUACACUCCCCACUCCGCACCUGUUACUCUCAUCCACCCCGUCUGCAACCUGUGUACUCCACCUCCGUCUGCACCGUGGGACUCUCUCUUCCUUACCUGACUCCUUCUCUCCUCCUUCUGCACCUUGUGUACUCUCUCCUCCAGUCUGCACCUGUGUACUCCUCCCCCGUCUGCACCUGUGAAACUACUCUCCCCCGUCUGCACCUGUGUACUCAUCUCCCCGCCGUCUGCACCUGUGUACACUCUCCUCCGUCUGCACCUGUGGCCCGCUCUCCUCCUGACACCUCACUCCUACCUUCUGCAGCCUGUGGACUCCUCCCUCCUCUGCACCUGUGUACUCUCACCCCCGUCUUCACCUGUGUACUUCACUCCCCCGUCUGCACCUGUGUUCUCUCUCCCCCUCUCCUCCCCCUUCUGCACCUGUUUACUCUCAUCCCCUCCGUCUGCAACCUGGGACUCUCCCCUCCUGACACCUCUCUCCUCCGUCUGCACCUGUGUACUCCUCCUACCUCCGUCUUGCACCUGUGUACUCUCUCUCCCCCCUUCUGCACCUGUGUUCUCUCCCUCCCCCGGUCUGCAUCCCGGUGUACUCUUCGCCCCUUCUGCACCCGUGUACUCUCUCCUCCGUCUUCACCUGUGGACUCUCUCCGCCUGACACCUCUCUCCCUCGCCUCCUCAGCAUCCUGGUACUCUCUCCUCCGUCUGCACUGUGUACACCUCUCACCUCCGGUCGUCUGCACUAUGUACUCUCUCCCCGCGUCCUGCACCUGUGUACUCUCUCCCCCGUCAGCACCAAGUGUAACUCUCUCCUCCGUGCUGCACCUGUGGACUCUCCUACCUCUUUCCUCCUUACACCCGUCACUCCUCCGUCUGCACCGGUUAACUCUCUCCUCCCGUCUGCACCUGUGGUAA